AACCAGGGCUGCAGCAGCUAUGUUCGCUCUGCCAUCUCUUCUGCUUUUGCUGCUGUCUCUGUGUCCCGGUCCUGGUCCUGGACCCGGGAGUGAGGCAAAGGUCACCCGGAGUUGCACUGAGACCCGGCAGGUGCUGGGGGCUCGGGGAUAUAGCUUAAGCCUACUCCCUCCCGCAGUGAUCUCAGGUGAGCACCUUCGGAUCUGUCCCCAGGAGUACACCUGCUGUUCCAGUGAGAUAGAGCAGAGGCUGACUUGGGAGACUGAGGCCACCUUCAGAGGCCUGGUGGAGGAGAGCGGCUCAUUCCUGGUUCACACACUGGCUGCCCGGCACAGAAAAUUUGAUGAGGUUUUUCGGGAGAUGCUCUCGUCAUCUGAGCACUCUCUGGCCCUGCUCUUCCACCGCUCCUACGGCCACCUGUAUUCCCAGCACGCCCCUGUAUUCACUGGCUUGUUCUCUCGGCUGCGGGACUACUAUGAGAGGUCCGGUGAGGGGUUAGAGGACGCUUUGGUGGAUUUCUGGGCACAGCUCCUGGAGAAAAUGUUCCCCCUGCUGCAUCCACACUACAUCUUCUCCCCCGACUACCUGUUUUGCCUCACUCGCCUCGCCUCCUCUCCUGAUGACUCUCUGAAGCCUUUUGGGGAGGCACCCCGCCGCCUCCGCCUGCAGAUAACCCGGGCCCUGGUGGCUGCCCGGGCCUUUAUCCAGGGCCUGGAAACCGGAAGAGAUGUGGUCAGCGAAACACUUAAGAUGCCGUUGUCCGAAGGCUGUAGGCAGGCUGUGAUGCGUCUGACCGGCUGUCCUCUUUGUCGGGGUGUCCCCUCGCUGCCACCCUGCCGGGGCUUCUGCCUCAACGUGGCCCAUGGCUGUCUCAGCAGCCAGGGACUGGAUCCUGACUGGGGGGCCUAUCUGGAUGGUCUCCUGUUCCUGGCCGAGAAGCUCCAGGGCCCUUUUUCUUUUGAACUGGCAGCCCAGUCCAUUGGGGUGAAGAUCUCAGAGGGUUUGGUGUAUCUGCAGGAAAACAGUGCAGUGGUGUCAGCCCAGGUGUUUCGGGAAUGUGGGAAUCCCCAAAGGGCAUCGUCCCGCGCCCGCCGAGCCCCAGCCCCCCGGGAGGAGGUGAGCCGCCUCUGGACCCCGGCGGCGGCGGGGGCGGCGGGGACGGAGGAGGAGAGGCCCACGACGGCCGCAGGCACCAGCCUGAACCGCCUGGUGUGGGAACUCCGCGAUCGGCUGGGCCGGGUGAGGGGCUUCUGGGCCGGGCUGGCCCUGACGGUGUGCGCGAACCCCCGCAUGGCGGCGGACAUCUCGCAGGAGGCGGCGCCCUGCUGGACAGGAGCUGGGCGGGGCCGGUAUUUGUCGCCUGUGGUCGCAAGUUCCCUGGAGCAGCUCGAAAACCCAGAGCUGGACCGUGAAUCCUUGAGAUCUGACGUCCACACACGCAGGCGGCGGCUGCAGCUCCGGUUAGCCACGACCAGGAUGAGGGCGGCCGCCCUGGGACGUGACAUGGAACUGGAGGACUGGGAUGAGGAGGAGGAGGACGCCAGCGGUUCUGGAGAGGGACAGCACUAUGCAGAUGACUGGAUGGCUGGGGCAGCAGCUGUGGCCCCCCCAGCCCGGCUGCCUCGCCCUCCUCGAAGGGACACUUCUGGGGGCAAAGGAGGAGGUGUCCUUGUCCGCCACAACCAGGGCAGGAGCAGGACUGGGGGGACAUCUGUUGGUUUUCACACCCAACCCAUCCUCAUUCUCUUCCUCUCAGUCCUGGCCCUGCUUGGACCAAGAUAACAGGGGAAGGGUGCCCUAGCAUCAGAAGGGUUCAUGGCCCUUCCCCUCCUCCCCCUCUCCCUCAGCUGGGUCUGGGAAGGAGUCGAAGGGGGAUGCAGAGAGGUAAAGAAAGGGACUUUUUGGGUGAAUGGCUGGGGCCCCAAAUCCAGGAGAUUACCAUUGG